CUUUACCCCCCAAAAAUCCAUUCAUUUCUCACAUCUCAAACCCACUGAAAAAUCAAAUCCAAUUCCAAAAACCCUAAAAAAAAUCCAAAAACCCUAAAAAAUUUCAUCAAUGGAUUAUAUGUAUGGAUUUGAACCAACAACAAAUAUAGAUCUAUUUGAAUCAAUCACGAAUCAUCACUUACUCUAUCAACAACCAUCACCAUCACAAUCAGAAAAACCAGAGCCAUUAAUGUCAUUACCAGUAAGAAACCACUCGGGUGAUUUCUCAAUUUACUGCAGGAGUACAAGUUUUUCUACUCUGUUUCCAUGUUUAAGUGAGAAUUGGGGUGAUUUACCAUUAAAAGUUGAUGAUUCUGAAGAUAUGGUUCUCUUCGGUGUUCUUCGUGAUGCUGUUAAUUUUGGUUGGAUGCCAUCUGAAUCAUCACCAUCAUCACAGUCACAAUCUCCACAGAUUUCUUCAUCUUCUUCGUUUUCUUCGCCGUUUCUGGAUUUUCCGUCAGUUACCAUUAAGUCUGAACCUGAGGAGGAUGCAACGGCUGUUAAGAAAGAGGGAGUGAAAUCGAAGAAGCAAGCUGUUGUGAGGACUAAAAUUGAAAAAGGUAAACAUUACAGGGGUGUAAGACAAAGACCAUGGGGGAAAUUUGCAGCAGAGAUUAGGGAUCCAGCUAAAAAUGGAGCUAGAGUUUGGCUUGGGACUUUUGAGACGGCUGAAGAUGCGGCUUUGGCUUAUGAUCGAGCUGCUUAUCGUAUGCGUGGCUCAAGAGCGCUUCUGAAUUUUCCGUUGCGAGUUAACUCUGGUUCUGAAUCGGUUGAGGUUGUGCCCAUUGUAAAAGCUUCUAAACGAUCUUCCUCUUCUGGUGAAACCAGUGAGUCUGCUAAGAGGAGGAAACAAGGAGUUAACCCACCCGAUUCAGCAUAGUAGUGUCCAUCUGAUGUGCAAUGUCCAUUGGAGGAGCUAGUUGUAGUGAAGAUAGAUGAUGAGAACUAGAUUGAAAUGUUUGGACGAAAUUAUUGGGUGUAGAAGGAAAUGGUGGGAUGAAGUUAGGGGGUAUCUUGUUAAGAAAAGAUAUAUCGUGGUGUGUGAGAAAAAAAGAGUGUUUUAAUUUUGUACGGGGAGUAUUUGUAAAUAUCAAAUAUAUAUAAAGGAUUAAAAUGUUAAUUAUGAAGAAAGGAUGAAACUUUUCUUGAAUGUGCC